UGCUACGGUUUUGUUGAGUUUUGAUCGUGCCUGGUCAUAAAAAAUUAACUGCAUGCAAGGCCUUCACAUAACCAAUACAAGUAGUACCGUACGACAACAAUUUUGCCAAAGCCGAGGCUUCAGCCUUUUGUGUCUGUGUGUUUCCUAGUUCUCCUGCCACAGCAAACCCAAAGCACCACACCACACCACACCAACCACCGAACCAAUCAAUCCAUCCAUCGACAUCGCAAAGAAAGCAUGGUAUUUCGAUCGAUCUACGAAACCCUGAGAUCCCUCGCCGACUCCCUGUGGAAGGCCCUGGGGUUCUUCGAGGGCAAGGAGGGGUCCCUCGUGGUCCUGGGCCUCGACAACGCCGGAAAGACGACCAUGCUGCACCGGCUGCGCACCGGCGGCGACGUCCGGAGCUUCCCUCCGACCGAUCGUCCCCAGCAGACGGAAACCUUCGCCACCCCAGGAGGCGUUUCCUUCCGGGCCUGGGACCUCGGUGGCCACGAGGCGGUCCGGCACCUCUGGGAGGACUACGUCUGCGAGUCGUCGGCCGUCCUCUUUCUGAUCGACGCCUCGGACACGGCACGGUUCGAGGAAGCCGGUUUCGAGCUGGACGCGCUGAUCGGAGAAAAGGUCGUGGAGGACCUGCCGGUGGCGAUCCUGCUCAACAAGUGCGACCUGGAGAACGCGGCCUCUUCCGCGGAGGUCUGCAAGCAGAUCCACUUCGACGACCUAAGGGAAAUGCAGGGGGAGGACAAGAUCGAGGUCUUUCGCAUGUCGGUGCUCCGGGGGGAGGGCUACCAGGCGGCCUUUCGGUGGGUGGCGGGGUUUUUGUAGCUUGCGCAGAUCCAUCGACCCGCGCGGUCCCAUGCGACAAGACGGGAUGCGACUCCGUGCGAUCCCGCGCCACGCCUCAAUGAACCGAUCGUGCUCCGAGCCACGAGGCCAAUGGAGGCAUGUGCCACGCCACCGGAACGAACCCAUCGGGGAUGGGCUGGCCUGGCCUGGCCCAUCAAAGACGGGUUUCCACGAAGCUGCAGAAGCGAUGCGUCCCGCAACGCUUCGAUGGCUUGGGGCGACACCAAAUGCGUGCGAAUACACUGCGAAGAUUCUGCGCACCGUUUACCAAUGCUCAGUACGAAGAUGC